AUGGAAGACGCUGAAAAGAAAGAUUUGCAGAACACUGUUUUGAAGAAAUUAGAGGAGGUUGAGACCAUUGAAAAUUCUGAAAGCCUUGAAACUGAAUUUAAUAUUGACCAUGACAAACUUGAGUCUAUUUUAAAGAGCUUGGUAGUCGAUUUUUAUAUCGAGUUGCAACCAAUUAAGAGACAAGAAAUCAGAUUAACUGAAGAAGGACAAGAAUGUGCAGAGAAAGGAACUCCAGAGUUCAGGAUCUUCAAUCUACUUGAACCUGGAGUUGAAACUGAGAAGGUUGAUUUCCAUAAUACCCACGGAAUUGAGAUUACAAAACAAAUCAUUAGCAAGCUGAAACUAAACAAAUGGGCAAAUCUUGGAAAAUCCUCAGUAACACGACUUGAAGGAGUUGAAGCUGUUGACAGCGAUAGAGCUAUACUUGAGGAGAUGCUGGCUGAUCCAACCCCAACCAAGUAUGACAACAAGAAAGUAAAAGAGUUAAAGAACAGAAAGCUUAUCAAGUUUGCCAGCAUCACCUCCUACACAAUUACAAAGGGAGUGGACUUUGCACCAGAAGUUGUUGAGAGAGAAGCUGAGCUCACUAUUGAUCUUCUCAGAAAUGACGAGUACAAGAACAAAAUCUUCAAGAAAUUCAACGUCCUCGCGAAGGGAAUUGAAAUUGAUGGAGGCCAUUUACAUCCAUUACUCAAGGUCAGAACUCUCGUCAGAGAUAUUUUCUUCGAGAUGGGAUUCGAAGAAAUGGAGACCGGACAAUAUGUAGAGAGCUCAUUCUGGAACUUCGAUGCUUUAUUCCAGCCUCAACAGCAUCCAGCUAGAGAUGCUCAUGAUACUUUCUUCAUUGAUGAGCCAAAAUACACUAAAGAAGUACCCGCUGACUAUAUGGAAAGAGUAAAGAACACUCAUGAGAAGGGAGGAUAUGGCUCUAUCGGAUACGACUACGAUUGGAGUGAAGAUGAAGCCAAAAAAAAUAUUUUGAGAACCCAUACUACUGGGGUAUCUUCAAAGGUUUUGUAUAAGCUUGGCCAGCAAGAGAAAUUUGAGCCUAAGAAGUACUUCUCUAUUGAUAGAGUUUUCAGGAAUGAAACUUUGGAUGCCACUCAUUUAGCAGAAUUCCAUCAAGUUGAAGGAGUUGUGGCUGAUUAUAAUAUUGGGUUAUCCAAUUUGAUUGAAAUGUUCAAGGUCUUCUUCAAGAAAAUUGGUAUUGAUAAGCUUAAGUUCAAGCCAGCUUAUAACCCAUACACGGAGCCUUCUCUUGAGAUUUUCGGAUAUCAUCCAAAACUUGGCAAAUAUGUUGAAAUCGGAAACUCCGGUGUCUUCAGACCAGAGAUGCUCAGACCGAUGGGACUUCCAGAGAACGUCAACGUCCUUGGAUGGGGUCUUGGACUUGAAAGACCAACAAUGAUCUAUUAUGGAAUUGACAAUAUCAGAGAACUCUUCGGCCACCAGGCUGAUAUGAAGAAGACCAAAUCCAACUCAGUUUGCUAUAUGUCUACCAAAGACAAAUAAGUAAAAAUAGUGGCUUCUUCAAUCGAGAAAAUUACUGUG